CAGUGCAACACGCUUCUAUUUUAAUCAGCUAACAGGACUUUUGGCCCCCCGCAUUCUAUGUUUCCUGCCCCAGCCUAGAGGCAUAGGAGGAUACUCAAUCUGUAAUGAUCAUGGUCAAAUUAUAGGCCGGCCAUUCGAGACAUGCUUUAGCCCUGAGUGGGCUCUUGAGGGAUAACCCUGAACGAUGCCUUUCCUUGACAAGGUCUUUAGGGAUAAGCUAAAGACACCUUCAGAAGUAGUCAGCAAGCUUACAGCAGGAUUUGAAUCAUUCGCAGCGGCGAGAAAAGAUGAACGGGCGACAGAGAAAGCUCAGGAUGCUGUGGCAAAGUACCUCGGUUUCGCCAAACUCCUCCUGUUCGGGGACGACGAGCACGAGCCAACAAAGGAAAAUGCAAUAGCUUUUGCUCAGGAGGCGGGUCGGUCGGACCUUCUUUCGCUGAUUGUAAAGCAGCUUGGGGAGCUCGAGUUCGAAUCGCGAAAGGACGCCGCCCAGGUUUUCGGCGCGUUGGUCCGCAUCCGGGAGAACGAAGAAAGGGGCCCAGGAGCUCAGUACGUGUUGAAUCACCCGGAGAUCCCGACGCUGCUUUUCCUCGGGUAUGAUGAGCCAGCCAUUGCUCUCAACUGCGGAUCGAUGCUUCGGGAUUGCUUGCGGGACGACCAGAUCGCCAGGAAAAUGCUGGACGGCCCCGUGUUUCUAAAGUUCUUUGAAAAGGUGGUGGUAGCGAACUUUGAGAUUGCGUCGGACGCGUUCAGCACCUUCAAGGAUUUGUUGACACGGCAUAAGCAGGUAGUUGCACAGUACCUGCAGGAGCACUAUCAAGAGUUCUUCAAUGCUUACAUUAAGCUCUUGCAGUCGAACAACUACGUGGUACGGCGACAGUCGUUGAAGCUGCUGGGGGAGCUUUUGUUGGAUCGCAGCAAUGUCAAGGUGAUGCUCAAGUUCGUGUCGGAGCCACAGCACCUGAUGACGAUGAUGGUGCUGCUCAAGGACCAGUCUCGGAGCAUCCAGUUUGAAGCUUUCCACGUGUUUAAGGUGUUUGUGGCCAACCCCAACAAGCCCCAAGCCGUCGUGGACAUCCUAGCGAACAACCGCGAAAAGCUGCUCAAGUACCUAGAGGACUUUCACACGGAAAAGGAGGAGGAUGAACAGUUUAAGGAGGAGAAGGCCGUCAUCAUCAAGACGAUAUCGUUGCUGGGAGCACCGGCAGCGGCGCCGGCACCACCGGUCGCGCCGCCGCCGCCGCCGCCGUCAGCAACAGCAGCACCGGCCACGUCGCCGAUGACGGUAACGCCAUCUGCAGCGGUGCAAGUCCCGGUAGCGACGGCAACGGGGGUGACGGCAACACCGUCUGAAGCUGUAGCGGCGGGCCCGGCGACGUAGUUGGCCACCGCCGCGUCGUGAUGUAUGUCGGUCUCCGCGUAGGUGGUGUAGGGUGUGGUGUAAUUUGUGGUCGUGGAGUGAAAGAGUGCAUGAAUGAUGAAAAUGUCGGAGGGCAGUUUUUGCAUUUCCUCAGGUUUAUGGAUGUGCGAAUGCCGAUGGUGUGCGUUAUGUGUGUUUGGCAUAUGUGAUGGUUAAAUUGUUGCAAGAGUCGUGCUGUCGGUUCUCACAUGUACGCGCCGAAGUGUGCGUUAUUAUGUGAGUUGAUGGCUUACAAGAGCUUGCAUCUUGCGUGUUGUCGCUAACGAACGUACAGGCCAUGACCCAUAUCGCGGUGUAUUCUUCGAUGUGUCAAGUAUGUUGGCCAUUUAUUUUUGAAUGCAAGAUAAGAAUUACGUCAACAUUUUCAUAAGCAGACGGUUUGGCAACGGUCGUCCAGUGUACGGCUGCUGUAGCUGUUCGGGACGUAGCUUAUGCUAAAGGAGCCUGAGCCGCACAAUUUCCGUUUUAAUUGGCUAGGUAUUUAGUGUAAACCUUUCCAGUC